UUACACAGACAAAUGUUUCAUCAAAGUAAUGUAUUCUUUAGACGUCGUCUAUAUCUACUUUAUUUUCACUAUUUCGGAAUUGUAUUUAACAUUUUUAAACAUUAACUACAUUUAGAAAAGAAAAAAAUAAUAAAAUCAAUCCACUGUACAUAACAAAAGUACUCAACAAUUACAUAUAAGAAAAGAAAGAAAUAAAAAGUAUCAAGGUAAAAUAAAACAAAAAACUUUAGCCAACAUAAUACCAUGUACAUCUGCAAUGGAGACACAAAAUCUACAACAUUUAUUAUCUCAACAGAAUUUGAAUAAAAACCAUACCGACUCUACAACAGUUGCAAACACAAAUAAUUUGUCAAGAAGUAAUGAUGCUGCAUGCGGUCAACAAGAAACGAGACAAAUAUUAUCUACAUCUUCAUAUACAGGCCCUUUUAGAUUGUACCAACAACGUAAUAUUUAUGCACAGCCGCAGGCAAACUUGUAUAAUUACACAGACAUUCCAAUGAUGCCUCCAGGAAACUGUCUCUUUCACUCUCUAAUAAAGAUUCUUGAUCUACAAAUUUCACCUACGGACCUGCGACGACAACUAAGAGAAUCACCAUUUUUGCGAUCUUGUGGAGACCCUCUUUUCACAAGCCAGAUAUUGCAUAGCGAUACUGAAUAUGGAGACAUGGAUUACUUAUACCUUUUUUCGAGAGUUUAUAAUCAAAACAUAUGCGUUCAUCUGCAAUAUACUGACAUUAGAACUAACACUGAAACAUUAACUUUUUGCCACUAUAACGUUACUGACUCACUAAAUUUUAUGCACCUACAUCUACAAAAUUUACAUUUUACGCUAUAUAUCACAGUACAAGAUGUUAUUACACAGAAUAUAAUAAAUGCUAGUGUCUACUGUGAAAACCAUGGGAAUGACAUGAGUGAUGAAGUUUGCCAUGAAAAUGAUAUUUUUGCAAUUCCUGAUCUUUCGAUUCAGAGUUAUACAAAUUAUUAUAAACAUGCACAAGGACAUCUACAUUUUUAUAAAAUUUUUACAAAAAAUACAUUUGGAAUAUCGUAUGCUGUAUGUGACAGGCUGUGGUGGAACAACGAUUUAAAAACAACUUCUGAAAUACACAAUGAUAUUUUGGAAAAGAUCUUGCCGGUAAUGUAUUUAGCACAGAAUAUUGGAACGAAGUUCCUUUUUUAUUUUUAAUUGCUAUUCAAACAUUUAUGAUGAUUGAUUUUAUAAUUUUUAUUUCAGCUUUG